AUGAAGCCGGCGGCGGGCGCGCGCGGCGGCGGCGGCGGCGGCGGGGGGCGCGCGCGGGGCCGGGGCGCGCGGGGCCGCGGCGCGGGGCGCGCGCGGGGCCGGCGGCGCCGGGCCGUGGCGGCCGCGUCGGUGGAGCCGCACCGGCACGAGGGCGUGUUCGUGUACCGCGGGGCGGAGGACGCGCUGGCCACGCGCAACCUGGUGCCGGGGCAGUCGGUGUACGGCGAGCGGCGCGUGACGGUGGGCGAGGGCGGCGCGCGGCGCGAGUACCGCACGUGGGACCCGUUCCGCUCCAAGCUGGCGGCCGCCAUCCUGGGCGGCGCCGAGCGCCUGCACAUCCGGCCGCGCGCGCGCGUGCUCUACCUGGGCGCCGCGUCGGGCGCCACGGUGUCGCACGUGUCGGACAUCGUCGGGCCGCAGGGCCUGGUGUACGCCGUGGAGCCGUCGCCGCGCGCCGGCCGCGAGCUGGUGGGCGUGGCGCGCCGCCGCCCCAACAUCGUGCCGGUGCUGGAGGACGCGCGGCACCCGCUGCGCUACCGCAUGCUGGUGGGCAUGGUGGACGUGCUGGUGGCCGACGUGGCGCAGCCCGACCCCGCGCGCAUCGCCGCGCUCAACGCGCACGCCUUCCUGCGGCGCGGCGGGCACUUCCUGGUGUCCAUCCGGGCCUCGGCCGCCGCCGGCGCCGCCGCCGCCCUGGCCGCCGAGCUCCGCCAGCUGCGGCGCGAGGACCUGCGGCCGCAGGAGCAGCUCACGCUGGAGCCCUACGAGCGCCACCACGCGGUGGUGCUGGGCGUCUACCGGCCUCCGCCACGGGCCUGCAGCCACACCUAA